ACUGUCGUUGCUACAUAUUACGUCUGUGUGUUAAGGACUGCAUCAACUGCUCCGGGCAUCGCAAUAACACUCAGACAGGAGCACCGAGCAAACCAAGUCACGACUUUUGGCAAGAUGCCGUUCAAAAACGCUGACAAAGUUCUAUGUUUAGCCUGCGAGCCUUUAAAGGACAACAAUGUCGUCUCGGACACUUCGCUUGUUCGGCUCGGGUAUAUCAUACACGAUAAUGUUGAGAAUCAGACUGUGAGUAGCCGAGUGAAAAUCAUUCGGACGACAAGCGCAUGCCCAACCAACGAGAUUGGUGAUUUGCAGCAUAGCGAAGGCAACGACUUUGACGAAGCAAUCUCCCUGAAGACCUUUUUGGAUCAGUUAGAAGUUGAUCUUGGUGAUUGCUCUUCACUGAUUGUUGUGACGAAUGGGCCAUUAGCUUUGCGAGAAGUCAUCCAUCCAAAGGCUAAUCUAGAAGGAACAUCUAUUCCCGAGGUGUUGUAUUCGUAUGUCGACGUUGAUUCUGUGUUUCGCAACACAUACCCAGAAGCUAAAAACGACGUGUGCAAAAUUACUGAAAUUGCAACACAUUUAGGCCUAACAGUGGAAUCGCAGACACCAGAAGUUAUUGAAGUCUGUCAUCUUCUAAAUAAGAUCAUGCAACAGAUGGCUCCACAUGGUUCGGCACAAAUGAUUCAAGCAAAUUAUUCUCAACUGUCAAAUUCGUCGCCUCUAAAAGAGGAUACUCUUGUCCGAGUUCAAGGCUUAGCCACCUUUACAACUGAGCAAAAGCUUGCAAAAUUAUUCGCGGGAUUGAAUAUUGAAAGAUAUUCAGCCUUGAUUACGAAUGCAAAUAGUGAUUUGGAAUGCAUACGUUUCAAUCGUGCGAAGCAACUCGACGCUUCCAUGUUCACAAUUUCGUCGUCUCUUUUUCGGAUUAGUAUCAUCACACUCAUUUACAAUUUGGCUACGGGCAGUGGAAUCUCUAUUUGUGUUGCCUCCAAUGGUCAUCCUUCCGGUGAGGCGUUUAUACGGUUUACAGACCGAAGUCAGAGAGAUCUAGCUUUGAAAAGAAACGGAAUGAAGUUUGGCAGCCAGAUUAUUGAGGUAACCAAAGCGACCAUUCAGGAAUAUUCUAAAAUAGAUAACCAAGUGCAAGUUGAUGCCAUGUCAAAAGAUCAGUGUAAUUUUCUCAACAUAGCUGACGGUGACUCAGUCUUUCUGCGUAUGAGAGGGUUGCCGUAUAAUACCAAGGCUUCGGAAAUAGUUUCUUUUUUUGGCGACGAAUCUCCAGUGUAUCAUGGAGAGAAGGGAAUUUUAUUCGUUUACCAUCAAGAUGGCCGACCAACGGGAGACGCCUUCGUACUUUUUCAAACCAGCGAGCACAGUAAAGUGGCGUUGACAAAACAUCGUCAAACAAUAGGCAAACGCUAUGUCGAACUGUUCCAACUCUCUCGGCAAGAUAUCAUCAAUGUGUUUACGAGACAUUCGCUUCCAGCAAAUUUACUGUCGUUCACGACGCGACGCGGCUCUAGAUCGUCCACUGCCGACUCUGUGAAUUUUCUGAAGAAUAACACGUACCUAUCAAAUGUUAGGAAUAUCGUUCGAUUAAGGGGUCUGCCAUACUCCGCGUCUGUACAGGAUAUUCUCGAUUUCCUGGAGGAGUUUGCAAAGUGUGUUGUUCCAGCUGGUGUUCAUAUGGUGUACAACUUACAGGGCAAACCAACAGGAGAUGCGUUUAUUGAAAUGCAGUCAGCAGAUCAUGCCCAAAAGUCAUCAGAAUCACUUCACAAAAAACAUAUUGGUGAACGAUAUAUUGAAGUCUUUCAAUGUUCGUCGUCGGACAUGACUCUGAUGCUCAUGAACGGAAUUUCUAACCAUAAACAUCACAACGGGUGGCUAGGUACUCCCUAUUCACCCCGAACACCCCCACAUGUACCAACUGCUUUUACAUACCCGUCAGUACCAACAACCUAUUCAUCGUCACCGGCAAGUGUUCCACACUCAACCAAUUCACCAAUGGCGAUAAUCAGUGUACCUUCAUCACCCACGGUUUCACCCAGGAUGUACAUGACGUCACCAGGUUACUUGAGCUACCAAUCUCAGUCAUACAACGUUUUUAAUUUUUCUUAUCCGUCACCUGGCAUGCCUGUAGACGUGAAUGUGCCAAGUACACCACCGUUGAUGUCACCUGCAGCUUAUGACAAUUCAGCUGUUUUUUACGGCAAUCAAGGCUAUCAUCAUAUUUCCAGUGAUUAUCCAUCAGCCCCGAUCGAUCCUAUGUACCUCUCCAUGAAUCCAUACAUGUCUCCUGGCAACGGUUAUUAUUCUUCAGCACAAGAGAACACACAAAUUGCAGCUGACCCUAAUCAUUUUCCAUCGUACGUAGAGACUUACUCGUGCUAAGGACGAUGCAAGAACAACAUCACGGUUUAGUAUCCACAGAUAGGAAAAAACAGAGUAUUCUUAUAAAAAUGUGAAUUUAUUAUUAUUAUAUUUAAAUUAUGUUUCAUUCAGGUAAUUUACGAUGCAACUAACCACACGAAAUACAUUUGAUAUUAGAGUUUUUACUUAUCAUAAGCAAGUUAUUAAUAACAUUGUAAUAGUUUUUACAGGAUUGUUCUGUUGUUACAGUCAAAAGUACGUAACCACUUGCGCACUUAAAACAUCCAUCGCCUGUUAAGUGCUACUCCAAGGAAUGACGUCAUGUUGAAUAUACAAUGGUUGUGAUCAGCAAUAGCAGUUUGAGUUACACUGCAUGAUGAAGAACACCUUUAAUAACAGUUCAUGAAUCCUGGAUUGAGACUGCGUAAUUCAAAAAUACGAAUAAGAAUUCUAAAGUAGAUUUGUAGGAUUGUCUAAGGUUGCAUCACUACAAAUAGAAUUCGACAUGGCGUCAACUUUGAUAAUAUUUUAUAGUCGACAAGCAUGAAACUCGUAACGUUUAGGUGAAAUGUCUCAUCUUGAAAUCGGUUGACAUUGUCGUCUCAAUCAACUGUUUUUAAACCGACGUUCUUAACACACUUGUAGUUGCCCUUAAGUUACAACAUUAUGUAAUUACAUUGAUCCCGAAGUAACACUUGCUAAAACGCCAAACUUUGUGGUGCCGAAUGCAAACGAUGAUUCAGUGAAACUGGAAAUUAUGAGAAAAAUCAGCUCUGGAUCGGAAAACGUUUCUCGAUGAAAAGGAAACAGUUUGUUCCCAGGAGUAAAUUUUGUUUUCAGGAAAAUGUACAAACAUACAAGCAAAAAUGCACGAGUUUAUUUACGAAACAUUGUAAAUUACGUUUCUACAAAAGCUUGCUAACUAGUUUACCUAAGAUCUUGGGUUAUCAUUAUAGAACAAAGUAUAGCAGAGAUUAUUUAUUGUUUUUACAUGUCCUAUUGUUGCAUAAGUCCUAUUUCCACUGAUGGCAUUCGACACGGCGUAAAUUUUGCCGUUUUUAACAAGCGCAGUUAAUAUAUUUUCCAACAUGUGUAAGUAAGUUUAGCCACCUUAGAAAAUACUUGAUGUAAGAAAUUUUAUCCUCGUAUUUCGAUAGUAAUGUAACAGAGAUUAAUACGUUUUUAAGUGUAGUCAAAUAUAUUUUGAUAAGUUUUCA